GCAUCUUCCACAGUUACACACACAAACACCCACACUCGUUUACAGUCUUUUCAGUCUUUCCACUUCGAAACAACCUCAAACCAACAACAAUAAUCAUCAAGAUGCAGUUCACUAUCGCUACCAUCGCUGCUUUCGCCGCUUCCUAUGUGGCUGCCUCUCCCUGCUCCGUCCCCAUGGAUACCACCAUCGCCACUGGCAAUGUCUUCCACGUCAUGAGCAUCCGCUCAGGAUCCGACAUUCAGUACUCCUCCCUUCAGGCUUACGAGAACGGUCUCUACCUCAACAAGGACGACCAGGACUCCACCUGCGACGGUGCCGGCAAUGAGAACGUCAACUACGCAUCCUUCUACCUCAGCUCUGAGGGCGGUCUUUACCUCAACACCCCCGGCAACCCACCCCAGCAGGUCUACGUUGACCGCUCCACUGAGGGCCAGGGUAGCAUUGGAUACACCACUGGUGCUCAGCCCAUUGGCGCUCACCAGGAGCGCGGCCCCUUCUCCGUUGUCGAUGGCAACCUUGUCUUCGUCUGCGGUGGCGAGAGCCCCUACUCCGGUUUCCUUGCCUGCCCUAACGCGGUUGGCGGUGGUUACAGUGUCCACCUCGACACUGGUCUGACGACCCCUGCUGGCCUUACCGGCUGCGUUGGCUUCGUUGCUAAGGCGCUCAAGGAGGACAACCCAAUCCAGUGCCUGUACACCGACGCUCCGGUUGCCGAUGCUUCAGGUUCCGACUCUGCUGCAUCAGGUUCCUACUCUGCUGCAUCAGGUUCCUACUCUGCUGCAUCGGGUUCCUACUCUGCUGCUUCAGGUUCCUACUCUGCUGCUUCAGGUUCCUACUCUGCUGCUCCGGUUGCCUACUCUGCUGCCCCGGUUGCUGAUGAUUCGGCUUCCUACGCUGCUGCUCCGGUUGCCGAUGCUCCAGCUGCCUACUCUGCUGCUCCGGUCGCCGAUCCGGCCACCGGAUCUGGAUACGGUUACUAGAGUUCGACGAUGAGAGAGAUGGAGGUUAGCUAUGGGGUAAUUGGUUAAUAUUGGGGUUGUUGUCUUCUUCUGUCAAUUGACAGCGAUGCUUCGCAUCGUUUUUACACUUGUGUAUAUAUACAGUCACUAAAAUCUUAAUUCGAG